AUUUAUAAAAUGGCUUGGCACUCAGCUGAGCCUAUCAAUUCUGGCAGCCAGGGAAGGCAGAGCAAGCAGGCACGUGGCAGCCUGAUCCCCUACCAUGUACACCACAACGACGCGUAGAGGACUCAGUCCGGUUAACAGCAAGAGUCUCAGUCUAAGAUGUCUGCCAUCAAUAACAAGGGCCCUAUCAAUAACCUUGCCUGCAGAGACAUCAGAAUCGAGUCUCAGACGAACAGCUACUAUCCAGCUGCAGAGCGACCAGAAACACCACCACAUCCGUCGAUCGUGAUACCGUUCGCACGCGACGCCGACUUUGUUAAGCGCGGGACACUACUUGAUGAAGUUAGUGAGAGGUGCGCCGCGCCAGGCUCGCGGACGGCGCUGGUCGGCCUGGGCGGUGUCGGCAAGUCGCAGUUGGCCAUAGAGCAUGCAUAUCGUACAUUUGAGAGAAUGCCCGAGAUGUGGGUGUUCUGGGUGUACGCCAGCAACGCCGCGCGAUUCGAGCAGAGUUUCCGCGACAUCGCCGACAGUGCCAAGCUUGACGGGCGACAGGAGCCACGGACGAACAUCUUCAAGCUCGUGCACGACUGGCUGCGCGGCUGCAGGCACAGAUGGCUACUCGUGCUGGACAACGUAGACGAUGCUCGUUUUUUACUCGACCACCCAGCUGCGAACCCAGCAGCCGCUUCCAGACCUCUGCGCGAGUACCUACCUCGCUGCGCGCGCGGUUCGAUCCUCAUCACGACGCGGAACAGGGAGGCAGCGCUGAAGCUCGUCGAACGUCGCGACACCGUCACCGUCGGACCGAUGGAUGAGCCAAGUGCACUUGCGCUCUUCGAGAAAAAGCUAGAAAUACAGUGUGACAGCAGGGAAGUUGUCGAGCUUGCGGCAGCGCUCGAGUACAUGCCGCUAGCUAUCGUGCAAGCAGCGGCGUACAUCUCGGAGAGUGCGCCGCGAUGCUCUGUGGCCACGUACCUGGAUGAGUACAAGAAGAGCGAAUGUAAGCAGACGAGCCUCCUAAACUACGACAAAGACCAGCUGCGGCGAGACUGGGAGGCGAAGAACUCGAUUAUUGUGACGUGGCAAAUCUCUUUCGAGUACUUACAGAAGACGCGACAGUCGGCAGCAGAUUUACUCUCGCUGAUGAGCUUCUUUGACCGACAGGGGAUACCCGAAGAUCUACUGCGGACUCGAGAUAAGCAAAAAGCCAUUAACAGCAGCCGCCCACGGCUGGGAUCCGGAACUGCAGAUAACGAUGAAGACGAUGAUGCGUCACAGUCUAGCGCGAGCGACCCGGGCUCUGUAGAAGACACGUUUGAGGCCGACGUGGUAACUCUACGCAACUUCUCUUUCAUUUCCGAUGAGAAGAGCGGGACAACCUUUGAGAUGCACGCGCUGGUGCAACUGGCGAUGCGCAGGUGGCUUAAGGCUAACGGCCAACUGGAGCGGUGGAUGCAGCAUUUCAUCCGCAAUCUCUACGUAGCGUUUCCGACUGGAAACUACGACAACUGGGCAUCAUGUCAGGCGCUCUUCGCUCACGCCAAGUCGGCUGCAGGACACCAGCCGGAAGCAGAGUCUUCUCGGGCAGAGUGGGCUACGGUGCUCUAUCGUGCAGCGUGGUAUGCGUGGACCAAAGGCAGCAUAUUUGACGCUGAGGAGCUAUCUCUGAAGUCACUAAAGACGCGGAAGAAGGUGCUAGGGCGAGAGCACGAGGACACGUUGCGGGGCAUAUCCAUAGUUGCAUCGGUAUAUAAACUUGGAGGUCGAUGGGAGGAGGCGGAAAAGCUAGAGGUGCAGGUGGUGGAUAUAAGCAAGACGAAGCUUGGAGCGGACCAUCCAGACACGCUGACCAGUAUGGCCAACCUGGCAUCAACAUUUUGGAACCAAGGCCGAUGGGAGGAGGCGGAGAAGCUAGACGUGCAGGUGGUGGAGAUAAGCAAGACGAAGCUUGGAGCGGACCAUCCAGACACGCUGACUAGCAUGCGCAACCUAGCUUUCACCUGGAAAUCACUAGGCCAUAGUGGUGAAGCUAUAGCUUUACUCCAGCAGUGUGCGCAACAGCAUUGAACAAUUUUUAGAGCUGGUCAUGCUGACCUUCUAUCUUUAUUUAGUGCUUUGGAUGAAUGGAUAAUGGAGCAAGCAGACGCUAACUUAUGUAUUAAGUCUGAGGGCAUCCG